ACUCUGGUCUGCCUUGCAGGUGGUCUGACAUAAUUCACAAACUUGGUGCCUUCCUUUCUCUUGCCCAAUGGCCUUCGUAAAGUAAGGUGGUCUCCAGCAGAGCUAAUUGGAAUUUUGACCUCACCUGCAUCUUUCGUUAGGACUUGGUCGACUAGAUUGUUGGGUUAUUCUGCCUUGUGUCUGCAGCUCGUCAUGCCCAAGAGGGGAGCCCCGUUCAAUAUCCCGUCUCGAUGGUCACAUAGCAGGUGGCUCCUGUCCCCUUUUCGCUCCAUUCAAGGCGGAACUUCGGAUAUCCCCUCUGGGUUGUGACCGUCCAUGCUUCUUGAUUCAUUCCGUUCUGGGGUGCUGUCCAGAUUUGUCAAAGGUGUCAGCUUCGUGAUCUCCAGAGUUCUUGUGAGCUGAGCUUUUUGCCUGAGUUCAUGCUUUCCCCAUCCAUUGGCGCCCCUAAUUUAGUGGGAGAUGCAAAGAUGGAGAUGAAUGGAAGAAUUUCGAAGUACAGAGAUAGGCUGGACAAAACUCUGGCAUCGCCUGAUCUAACUAAUCCAGAGACAUUAAAGUCUCUUAUAAGAAAACAUCUCCUCAGUACUACUAUAAAUGGAGUUGAAGAAUGUAGUGAAGCUCUGCUGGAGAGACGGACUUCAGAAGUUUCAAAUUUUCUCGAGAUGUUGAGAAGUGCUUCUGGCAAAAGUGAUGGACAAAAAGCUGGCGAAAAAUCGCAUGCCGAAUGGAAAUUGAAACAAGAUAAUGAAGAGUUCCGGGUGAUGUAUCGUGAAGGACCACCUGGAUCUCCCUUUCAUACGAUGCUUGUUGAAGGCUACAUUGAUGGCACUAUAGAUGCUUGUUUAUGCGUUUCAUGGGAGUCGAAUCUAUAUAAGAAGUGGUGGCCACAGUAUACUGUUCCGACUUUCAAAGUUGUUUCUUCUGAGUGCCUGCACAAGAUUCGUAUUGGAGAUCAAAUAUCAUUGUUGAGGGUGAAGGUUUCAUGGCCACUAUCGGCUCGGGAGGCACUUGUACAGUUAUUUGAGUUUGAGUACUUCCAAGAUGACCUGAUUAUUGUUCUCCUAAACACGAUCAAUGAAUCAGAGAGCAUUGAUAGAAGGACUCAUGGUUACAGCAGAGAUAUGAUACCACAAGCAAAAGAUGUUGUUAGGAUUGGUGCUGUUGGAGGAUUUGCAUUGCAAAAGGUGAAUUCGGGUAGAAGUUACUUCAGGACGAUAUCGAACGUGGAUUUGAAGCUGGACUUCGUUCCUCCCUCCCUAAUAAACUUCAUUUCGAGGCAGCUCAUCGGGAGUGGAUUUCGACUCUAUCAGAAGGCAAUUGCAUCCGUCUUCAAUUCAGAUGGGGACUUCAAGAAAGCAUUGGGGGACCCCCUUUACGAUCGGAUACGUGAAGCUCUUUAUCGCACUGAUGAACAAAAUCUGAAAUUGGAAGGUGAGGGGCCAAAGACCAAUGCCAGCGAUAAUGAACAGAAGACCCGUGUGGUUGAAGUCAUUCAAGAACACACAGAGGAGACGAGUGAGGAAACGCAUACUAUUGAAGUUGUUGAACAGGGCAUGGAGGAGAAGAAUCAGGAGAUCCAUGUGGACCAAAAUGAGGGCGAAAGUACUUCACAUGGCAUGACAGCGCAGAGUAGAACUACCUAUUGCGAAAUUGAGGAGGAGGGAAUGGAAGAUAGUAGGAGAGAGGAGGUGAGGUCUCAUGACACGAAUAAAAGAAAAGUUUAUAUUAGUCCCGAAGUGGAACAGGCUCUCGGGACAUUGGAGAAAGUUAUUGCUUUGGUUAGAGAACAUGGGUGGAAUGCCUACAGUAGGCCCUCUUCAAAUGAAGAGGAGCCUGAGUAUCAUGAAGAGGCUGAAGUGGAAAAAUCAACCCCCGCAGAUUGGAGAACCUCUUUGGGGGAUCAAGUUGCUAUUGAAGUACAGAAUAAAGAAAAAACCGGAGAGAUAUACUCAGAUGAGCCGAGGAACAGCUCUAGCAGUCACAGUUUGAGGAGUAAGAAAUCGAACUCCUUGAGGGAAGUGACCCACAACAAGGUGGCACCGGCUUCUCCGGUGGAGAACCUCGUGGUCCCAGGUCAGAUUAAUCAAGUUACUCUCUACUCUAUUGAGAAAGGUAAAGCAGAAGGUCCAGAUCACGUCUUAAACGACCCAGUCAUCAUCGGAGAAGAGAUCAAAGAGAAUGACACGGAUGGAGGGAAGAAGUCGAGAAACCGACGGAGAAAAUACAGGCUAUGUUGCUUCCACCCGAGUUCUAGGCAAUCAAUGAUUUGAGAAGCUAGCCGCACAGUAGGCGCUCUUGCUAAGUUCUUAAUCAUGGUUCGAGCUGAUUAAAAGAAUGAUUUUCACGCCUUUUUCCACAAACCGAUAAACUUCUCUUCAUCGAGUUUCCCCUUUCAGCUGUGUUCUCGAGAGCGACAACGGGUGAUCAGUACCAUUUAUUUACGGAAGGCCAUUAUUUUCAUUCUCAACCGCGGUCCAGAAGCAGCUUGCUUCGAUCGAUACCUGUUAUACGGUUUCUACUUUCCGAACGAACAUGACUGCUAUUAACUGUUGUACGUUUGUAACUUGGGCAACUGUGAUUCUGUAUACUGUGUAUACUAGUACUCCAUACAAGAUAAUAAUCGAGUGCUUUCAUGUUUUUAUUGUUUUUAU